GAUGCACUAUGCAGUAAAUUUUAGCUCAGUCACAAUGUGCCUUCAGUUGUGAACAGUUGUGUUAUAUGUUUCUGCUUAUUUUUUCAUAGUAAUUCAUUGUUCUCUAUCUUUAUUUUUCUAAGACACUCUUACAAACGGAAUAGGAAAUGGUCGGGGAGAUCUUUCGUGAAGCAGGCAGUGCGUUCAAUAAGUUGUCGGAAAUGACGAUGCUGUUACAUCCAGUCGGAGAUUCACAACCAGGUGGCAAAUGGACGGAAGAAGAAAUUGAGAUGCUACGAUCUUGCAUCCAUCGUUUUGCCGUCGAUCUCAAUAAACUCAGCCAGCACAUCAAGAGCAGAACAGUAUCUCAAAUCCGCACAACACUAAAAAAGAAGGCUUUCGAGGACGCAGGUAUACCAGUACGUCAGGUUAGCAACUCAGUGAACAACGUACCGCAAACAACACAGGUAGUCUCGUCCCUGAGCCUCCUUCGACCGAACAUAUUAGGAAAGAACGCCGAGGUGACACUGAACAUGUUAAACGCCCCUGAGAACGAAGUAGAUGUCGAGGGUCUAAAUAACGACGUCAAGCUGGAGUUCGAAGCGGGAAAUGAAGAAGUGGCCACCUGAAACCUGCUUUGCUUCACGAAGGAUCACCCUGGGGUGAUGGACUAACCAUGGCACUGUGACUCUAUUUCUUUUCAGUUUGAAACAAAAGCAUUAGUUACUUCACGUAUGCAUCUUGCAGCUUGCAUAUUGGAAGUUCCAUCGUUAUGAUAUAUUACGAAUAUGUUUUUUAGUUAGAUUUAUUUUAUCGAUAUUGCACCGAUGUGAUUGUAAUUAGAAUCACAAUUAUAUUGUUAAGCCCCAGUGCCCAUGGUUAGUAUAGUUGUAUGUCGAGAUGGAUCGUUUAGAUUUUUUGUUUAUGUUUUAAUUUGCAAUUAUAAUUUACUGUCAUUAAAUUAGUUUUAUAUAUUUGUUUAUUUUUUAUCCCUUCCUUUUUUUUAAUCCCCUUCAUUAUUUUUUAUCCGAUAUUUUUUUUUUAAUCCUCUUAAUAUUUUUGUAUCCCAUUCUAAUUGGUUUCAUGUCCUUUAUUAUGUUUUUAUCCCAUUAAUUUUUUCCAUCCCCGUAAUUUUUUUUACAAUACGGAAUACUGAUUGAAACGCAAUAUUUUUACCUUUUUAUACAAUUAUUUAUUACCUUCUAAAGUAAGAUUGGUUGAAAUUUAUAUUUUUUGUAAGUAUGUACGUUUGGUAGUUUAGUGUAGUGAUGCCUUUACUGCCUUAACGUGUAGGAUUAAUUAAUAAUAAGAUAGAAUUUAAAUUUAUAGAUUUGCGUAGAUUUUAUUUUAUUACAUUUUUAUUUCUGCCUUUCGACCUCUUUGAGUCACUACUAAAUCUUCGUCUUCGUACUUAAUUUUAACCUAUAAUCGCCUUCAUUAGUUAGUUCGAAUCCUGUUUCUUGUAGUUGUAGGUUCUGAUAACAUCUGAAGCCUGGUAGGGGCGUGCGAAUGGUCGUUGCGAGUGGUCGUUGUCAGUGAUUGCUAUUUUGAUUCGUUAGGCGCGCAAAAAGGCGUGGUCGGUUUAAAUAAAAUUUGCUAACGUUCAUUUGCAUAAAGUCGCCUAGUGCCGUGUACCUUCCAGGUGUACCUUCUAUACAAUGAAUGCUAGCAAAAUUUAAUUAAGACCGUAUCAUUUACAACAUCUUGCAAUAUAAAUCAAACACUGAUAGCGGUUAGUCGACGUACGAUGGCAUAGGAAGAGAAAACAUACCUCAUUUAAUUCUAUUGAAAAUAAAUACCUCUAAAAUUUAAAAGCAAUAAACCACUGUUGCCUCAUACGAAUAAGUUGGAUUCGGACUACCUCAUAUAUCGGUAAUGUCAGUUAGAUUAAUCGGUUAGGUUAGGAAAAGGUCGCGACAUCGACAUUUUUACACCCUCGAUUUAGCCCUUUUUAAGUACUUUUAAUAUCCAUUAGCUAACAUACUCGCCAAUAAUUUAAGAUUUUGCCUAAUAUUAGAUAGUUUACCUACAUUGGUUUCCUGCUCCUUUAGUGCGGUUCAGUUAUCUCCCAAGUUGUGUGAAUACCUAGAGACAAAGCUGCAACGUUCGAUGUCUUUAUGAACAUAAAUUAUAUUUUGUAUUUACUUUUCUCGCGAAUCGUGUUCAAUGUGCCUACAACACACAGAAGAUAUAUUUAUUAAAGCUGUUAAAUACUGUUAUAUAUUAAUACCAUCGAGACGCCUUAAACGAAACACUUUAAUUGGAGACCUUUUCCACCGUGCCUCUAUUUUUUUAUUAUUUCGCAGCGUAAACUAUAGAUCUUGGAUGAGGUCGUUAUAGAUUCAAAUUAUGAAAAAAUCGUAAACUAUUUAUUUCGUGUAUUUAUAUUUUUUUAAAUUUAGUUCUUAACAUUGCAAGGUCUCUAAUUAGAUUGUUAUUGUUGUUAGUAUAAGGAUAGGCUAUAGGUUAGAUUCCAUAUCUUAAGUAGAUAUUCAUUACUCCAGUUUUUCACUGACGUCUUCCGAAGUUCUGAGAAAAGCUUUCUUAUUACCCCGUAAGCAUAUUCUGUGCUCCAGACUAAAUCUGUUAGGCAUGAAUAUUGUAAUUAAUUAUAUUGUUGGAUUCAAUUUGUCCAAUCAUCUCUACAGCAAUAGUACAGGUUCCUAUUUUCUUACUACUGAAGUCGCAUUUUUCAAUUGGUUCAAAAGUAUGCUAUGACUAGAUUAUAUUACAAAUUCGUUUAUAUGUUUAGAUAUUUGACUACAGUUUAUGUUUGAUCACGUAAUCUUUAUUAAUUUUUAUUCGCAAUAAACCGAAAUAAGACAUUUUAUAUCUAGUCCUUAAACGAAGUAGAGAUUAAUGGACAACUUGCUAGGUAUAAUUUAUAAAUCUUCAUAAUAAUAAAAAAUACAAAAAAUUAAAAAAUCUAAAAAACAAAAAAAAAAU